AUGCGGUUCAUUUUCAAACUAUUUCUACAUUUUCUGAUUCCAAUUCUCGUCGAUUCUUACAUUAUUAGUGCCGGCACAGUCGUAUAUUGUCUUCCCCAAACUAACAAAGAAUGUCAGUCCGAGAUGGAAAGGAAAGAUGCUGUCUUGAAAAAUAUUGGAUAUGGUUAUCCACCACUAACAAGUGUGUUAAAGAAUUAUACAGAGCAAUGUCAGAAUGUUAUGGGAGAUUUAACAACUGGAAAUUUCAAAAGUGAAAAACAAUGUUUUCUGAAAAUCGUCCAAGAAGUCUGCGACUCCACAUACUCCGAUUUUUUCCAAAAAAACUAUGAAGACAUUGUAGAAUCUUAUACAACUAAACCUGCAGUGGAUGAAUUCUGUGCGAGUCCUAAUGAUAAAUUUAAUAGAAUGCAAUGCGAUAUUACGUUUAAAAAAAUGUUCGAGGGAAUGCGGCAAUUAUCUCUACUGGACAUGGCCAAUCGAUCAAGUUCUAAAAUUCAAUCAAGUCUUGAAUUGAGCAGAAAUGUUCAGAAAUGUAUGGAUAGACUGUGUUUCUUUUAUGAGAAUGAGAAAAAUGAUACCAAAUUAUUCACCGAAGUUUUUCAAGCUUUACCUGUAGAUUUGGCGAAAAUUUUCAAGGAACGACCGAGAUUGUUGGAGUACAACUGUAUGGUUAACAUGACUUUGGGCAAAUUUCUCGGGGAACAAUUGCCAUGUGCAGCUAUUGGAAAUAAGAACAAUUGUAGCUUGUCAACUAUUACUCAUUUCUGUCAAGAGGAAAUAUUUGCGGAUUUUGGCAAUUUGACAGUUUCCAUGGAACCGCGGAAAGAAUUGUAUAACACUCCGGAGUUUGAGUUUUCGAUGUUGAGAAAUAAGAAAAAUCGAAAGAAAUUUGUUUUCACUGUAAAAAAUGAAGAACAUAUUCUCGUUAAGUCUAACAUUCCCGAUUGUCUUUCCGAACUCAGAAAAGAAUGUCAAUCAGAGGUGGAAAUGAAAAAUGCGGUCGUGAAAAGUAUUGGAUCUACUUUUCCACCACUAACAGAUGCAUUGAAGAAUUUCACGGAGCAAUGUCAGAAUGUUAUGAAAUGUGCAUCUGGCUUGGAGUGUUUCAAAGAAAAAUCAGAAAAGAAAGUUUUUGAAAAAUCUUGUGAUAAUGUGGGCACAAACAAAUAUGCGUUUGAUUAUCAAUGCAUGAUAGGUCUUAUAAUGGAAGUGUUUGAUGGUUCACAUAAUUGCACAAAAGAUAUAAUUAGGGGGAACAUAACUACUGAAAAUUUUAAAACUCAUAAACAAUGUUUUCUGAAAAUCUUCCAAGAAGGCGUUCAACCCAUAAGCUGCGAUUUUUUCCAAAAAAACUAUGAAGAAGUUGUGGAAUUAUACACAACCAGACCUGCAGUGGAUAACGGGUUCUGUGCGAGUCCCAACGACAAGUUCAAUAGAAUGCAAUGUGACUAUUUCUAUGACAAAAUCUUUCAAAAAUUGGACGAAACAAAGUUACUCUCAGUAUCCAACCGAUCUGAUCCCAUGGUUCAAGAAAUUUUGGAGUUGAGCUAUUACUAUCAGAAAUGCACGGACAAACUCUGUUUAGUUGAUGAAUAUGAGAAAGAACAAUCAAACAUACUCGAUAAAGUACUUCAAAAGCUACCUGAAAGUUUAUUGGAAAUUUUCAAGGAACGACCAAAGUUGUUGGAGUACAGCUGUAUGGUUAAUUUGACUUUGUUAAAAUUUAUCAGCGAUCAAUGUUAUGGUGUCAAGAAGAUAAACAAUUGUAACUUGUCAAUUAUCACAAAGUUUUGUGAAGAGGACAUUUUGGCGGAUUUUAGAAAUUUGACAGUUUCCAUGGAACUGCGUAAGGAAUUGUAUAACACUCCGGAGUUUGAGUUUUCAAUGUUCAAAAAUAAGAAGAAUCAGCAGAAAUUUGUUUUCACAAUGAAAGAAAAUAUACUAAAUUGA